UUUAACCUAACCUCAAAAUAAAUAGAAUAAGAAUCUACACAAAAAACUUAAUAAAUAUGGAAUCUAACUCCUUAUCAUUCACCCCAAUUAUAAGUUCAAUCCAAAAAAUAGUUUUAUACGAAACAAAACAGAAUUUUUAUUUAAUUGGUACAAAUAACACCCAAACUCGAUAUAGAGUAUUAAAGAUUGAUCGUACAGAACCGAAGGAGUUGAUUAUUCACGAUGACAAAGUUGAAUAUACUCGAGAUGAAAUCCACGAUUUGGUUUGUAUGAUCGAGGGGAGCAACCGGCAAAGAAGUGGAGUCAGUAAUGUGAUAAGUGCAUUUGGAAUCAUCGGUUUUAUUCGCUUUUUAGAAGGUUAUUAUAUCAUUUUAAUUACAAAACGUCAAAAAGUAGCAAUCAUCGGGCAUCAUACAAUCUAUAAAAUCGAGCAUACCACCAUGAUAUAUUUACCCCACGAUUCAGUGCGAUUACUUCACCCUGAUGAAACAAGAUAUUUAAAAAUGUUUCAAAACAUUGAUCUUUCUAGUAAUUUUUAUUACAGUUAUAGUUAUGAUUUAACUCACACUUUACAACAUAAUUUAAGUUCCCCAAAACAAAUUAUUCCACAAGCUCUUGAUGAAUCUGAGGAAGAUAUGUAUAAACCGUCAAUAAAACAAUUAAAAUCAUCCCUUUUUAAUAACAAACAACAAACGAAUGGUGGUAAUGACCGUUCUAGUUUUGGAAUUCGUUCAAAACCGCAUCGAAAAUUCGUUUGGAAUUCGCAUUUAUUGAAAUAUGUCGAACGCGAACUUCAUCAAGAUUGGAUUUUGUACAUAACACAUGGUUUUGUUGGGCAAUCAAACAUGUGUGUUUUUGGUCGAUCUAUUUAUGUCACAUUAAUUGCUAGAAGAUCGGCGAAAUACGCUGGAACGCGAUUUUUAAAACGUGGGGCAAAUUUUAAUGGUGAUGUUGCCAAUGAAGUUGAAACCGAACAAGUUGUGCACGACGCAGGGGUUUCAUCGUUAAGUCAAUGUCAUAUUACAUCCUUUGUACAAAUAAGAGGAUCAAUUCCGGGACAUUGGCGCCAAGAAAUGGGUAAAAUUGUUGCAAAACCGGCGAUAACGAUCGAUUUGUACGAUCCGUUUGCGGAAACGGCUGGAGCUCAUUUUAAUGAAUUAUUAAAACGUUAUGGAGCCCCAAUUGUUGUUUUAAAUUUGGUUAAACAACGCGAAAAAAAGAAACAAGAAAGUUUAUUAAGUGAGGAAUUAAAUGGUUCAAUCAAAUAUUUAAAUCAAUUUUUACCACAAGAAUAUCAAAUUAUUUAUAAAACUUUUGAUAUGGCGAGGAAAAAUAAGAAUGUUAACGCUAAUGUAAUGGAUAAAUUAGCAGCUUUGGCACGUUAUGCGGUUAUGAAAACUGGAAUUUUUCAUAAUCAACCUAAAUAUUAUUCUCAAAAACCUAAUACAAUUGUGGGACAACCAAAAUCAUUUACAUUUAAGGUUAGUUGUUAUUAUUGUCAAACCCUGACCUCCUUCAUCUUCAGCCUCCACACCUCCCUAUCUUUAGCCUCUCUCUUCCAAUUCCUACAUUCAACACUUCUCUGACGUCCACAUCAACUUACUCCCUGCAUUUUCCUAUUGACAGUCUAGCUAGCAUUCUGGCAACAUACCCACCUCAUUCAAUUCUUAUGCUUUAUAGAGGGAUAAUUCAUGAUUGUAUAGAAUUCUUUAUUCAUUGUUUUCCUGCACUAGAUCCAAAAUUCUCCUCAGAAUCUCACUCACAAAUAUAUUUGUCAGAGGUGGUGGUCGUAAUCUUUUAAUUAAAAACCAGCGGUGUAACUUAAACAGCUUUCAUUAUUAUUUAUAUUGAAUACAAUCAUGGUGUGGGCACCAAUAUAGGCAAAACAAAACCGUCGUAUUUUUAAGAAGCACACAUACACGUAUAUGUAUACAGGGUGUUUCAGCGAGACCGGUCAUUAGACG